AUAAACCUACAAAUAACACUCAAAAUAAUAGAUACAAUAAAUCAAAAACAAUAAAUACAUAUAAUCAACAUUCAAAAGAUAAUACACAGGAAAUCACAAAAAAAUUCAAAAGUAGAUAUAUAAAUACAUAUACAAUGGAAGAAGUGCAAAGAACUAUAAAAAGUAAUACAAUUAAACUUGUUACUGAAAAUUCUUGUGAAUAUGAAGAUGGUAUUAUAUAUGAAUCUGUUAUCAUUAAUGAUGAGGAAUAUAGCAUAGGAGAAGAUGUGUUAAUUUUCUAUACCCCCAACAAUAACAUCAACAAUAAUAAUAAUAAUAAUAACAUCAACAAUAAUAAUAAUAAUAAUAAUAAUAAGAAUAAUCUAAAAUGUGAUGAUAUUAAGAAUCAAAAUAAUAGCUGUAAUGCCAAAUUUAAUAAUAUAAAAGAUAAUAUAUAUAUACUAAAAAAAGGAAAAAUCUCAAGCUUCUAUAAAAGCACAAACAGUAAAAUUAUAGAAGUAGAAAUAUGUUUUUAUUAUGACGAAUGUGAUGAAGAACUUAUAAGAGGACUAGAAAAAAAACAAACAUCCAGGAGAUGUAAAGAAGAUUUCAAUAUGUAUCUUAAUGAUCAUACUAAAUAUUAUAAUCUCCUAGGAAAUAUUAACUUCACAAUAUUAAAUGCUAAUUAUAUUUAUAAAAAAAUAUAUGUUUAUAAUGAAAUAGAAAACUUUGAAGAAGAUACACAUGCAAGAAAAGGAAAAAAUAAAUUUCUAUGUACACAUUAUAUAAAAGAUAAAGAAGAUAGAUUAUGCUUCAUACCUAAUGACGAACACUGGAAUAAUAUAGUUUUGGGUUCUAGUGAUUUAUAUUAUUAUUUUGCUAAUGAGAAAAAAUUAAAUAAAAAUAAAUCAUUAAAACUUAUUAUAGAAAAAUUAAAGAUAAAUCAUAAAAUAAAUGAUAAGACAAAUGAUACACAUGGAUCUAAUAAAAAUAAUAAAAAGGGAUAUACAAAUAAAUCACAAACAACAACAAAUGCAAAUGCAAAUACAAAUGCAAAUACAAAUGCUAAUACAAAUGCUAAUACAAAACAUGCGAAUUUUAUUAAUAAAUCCAAAACGACCAAACAUAAAGAUAGUAAUACAGAUUCAUUUUCACACAAUGUUAUGAAAAAAAAUGAUCAUAAUAACAACGAUUUACAAUCGUCUCUUAAAGAAGAUCAAGAAAAUUAUUAUAUUAAUUUAUUAAAAAAUAUAAAAGAUCCAACAGAUAAAGCUAUACGUAUGAUGCAAUUAGAUGUAGUACCUAAAUAUUUACCAUGUAGAGAAAAAGAAAUUAAAGAAGUACAUGGAUUCUUAGAAUCUGGAAUUAAACAAUCUGGAAGUAAUCAAAUCUUAUAUAUUAGUGGAAUGCCAGGAACAGGCAAAACAGCUACUGUCUAUAGUGUAAUACAAUUAUUGCAAAUAAAAAGUAAAAAAAAAUUACUACCAUCAUUUAAUGUUUAUGAAAUUAAUGGUAUGAAUGUGGUUCAUCCUAAUGCAGCAUAUCAAGUUUUCUAUAAACAAUUAUUUAAUAAAAAACCACCCAAUGCUUUAAAUUCAUUUAAAAUUAUUGAUAGAUUAUUUAAUAGGUCUCAAAAAGAUAGUAGAGAUGUUUCCAUAUUAAUUAUAGAUGAAAUAGAUUAUUUAAUAACAAAAACACAAAAAGUUCUAUUUACAUUAUUUGAUUGGCCUACUAAAAUUAAUAGCAAACUUGUUCUUAUUGCUAUAUCUAAUACAAUGGAUUUACCAGAUAGACUAAUACCUAGAUGUAGAUCAAGAUUAGCUUUUGGUCGAUUAGUUUUUAGUCCAUAUAAAGGAGAUGAAAUUGAAAAAAUUAUUAAAGAAAGAUUAGAAAAUUGUAAAGAAAUUAUAGAUCAUACAGCUAUUCAAUUAUGUGCUAGAAAAGUAGCUAAUGUAUCAGGAGAUAUUAGAAAAGCAUUACAAAUUUGUCGUAAGGCAUUUGAAAAUAAAAGAGGAAAUAAAAUCGUUCCAAGAGAUAUAACAGAAGCAACCAAUCAAUUAUUUGAUUCUCCAUUAACAAAUGCAAUAAAUUAUUUACCUUGGGCUUUUAAAAUCUUUCUUACAUGUCUUAUCAUUGAAUUAAGAAUUAUAAAUGAAUUUGUCAUACCAUAUAAAAAAGUAGUAAAUAGAUAUAAAAUACUUAUAGAAACAAGUGGAAAGUAUAUAGGUAUGUGUAGUGAUAAUGAACUCUUUAAAAUCAUGUUAGAUAAAUUAGUUAAAAUGGGCAUACUACUUAUUAGACCAUAUAUACCAUUAGAAGAUAUAUCUAAAAAUAAAUCUAAAGAAGCAUUACUAGGUUUCAAUGAAUCCUCCAAAAAAGGAAAUAAUCAAAAAAUUACUAGAGCACAAGUAAGUCCAGAUAUUGAUAAAGAAUCUGGAGACAUGGGAAUAGAACUUAAUGUCGAAACACAAUUGAUCAUAACAGCCUUAAUGAAAGACCCUGACUGUUCAAAGAAAUUAAACUUUUAUUAG